AUGGGCCUCAAAGGCGGGUGGAGCGCGGCGGCCGUCGGCUUGGUUGCGAAGCUCUGUGACUCCUGCAAGAACUCGGCGGCGGCCUUGUUCUGCAGAGCCGACUUGACUUUUCUCUGCCUGCCCUGCGACACCAGGAUCCACAUCGCCAACAAGCUCACCACGCGCCACGAGCGCGUCUCGAUGUGCGAGGUCUGCGACCAGGCCCCUGCCGCCGUCAUCUGCAAGGCGGACGCCGCCGUACUCUGCGUCGCCUGCAAAGUCGACAUCCAUUCCGCCAACCCCCUCACCCAGCGCCACGAGCGGGUCCCCGUCGAGCCGUUUUACGACUCCGCCGAGUCUAUCAUCGCCAAGUCAACAGCUGCUGCCCCCUCAUUCGUCGGCGCGGCCAUCAACUACCUCGUCCCAAACGGCAACGUUUUAUCUAAUACUAAAGACGUAGAUAACGACCCUGCGUCGAACUGGCUGAUCCCCAACUCGAAUUUCAACUCGAAGCUCCCAAUGGAUAUUGCUCCGAACAUUACAAAAUCCUCUGGCGACCUCUUCUUCCCCGAAAUGGAUUUGCUGCUGGAGUUCAAUAACCCCAACUCAAUCCACACCAUUUCGGGGCCAGGAACAGAUAGUGUCGUUCCGGUUCAAACCGACCCGAUUCCACCUCCUUCGUUGAAGAUGAACCAUAACAUAUCGGGUCCCGCCGAUCAAAAUUGCUUCGACAUGGACUUUUGCGGUAGCAAGUUCUCGUCUUCGUUCAGCUAUCCGACUCAGUCCCUCAGCCAAAGCGUUUCGUCUUCUUCCUUAGAUGUCGGAGUUGUUCCGGACCAAAACUCCCUAUCCGAUAUAUCGUAUCCUUUCGGCCGAACCGCCUGCAACAGCAUUUCUGAACCGGGCGAUGUUUCGUACUCUUUCGGGCAAAAAACCAGCAACAACGUUUCAGAACCGGGCGAUAUAUCGUACCCUUUCGGCCAGAAAGCCAGCAACAACGUUUUGGAACCCAGCGCACGGGUCUCGGCAACCCCUGCGAGUCAACCAGCAACUCAGCUCUGCGGACUGAACAGGGAGGCGAGGGUGCUGAGGUACAGGGAGAAGAGGAAGAACCGCAAGUUCCAGAAGACCAUCCGAUACGUUUCCCGGAAAGUGUAUGCUGAAACUCGCCCCAGAAUCAAAGGCCGGUUUACGAAACGCACCAAAACAGAAACCGAGACGUUCGAUCUCAUCUAUGGCUCCGGCUCAGCGACUUUCAUCUCGGACCCACAAUUCGCCGUCGUUCCGACGUUUUGACAAUGGGGAUAAUCUAUUUUAUUUUCAAUUGUCGUUUAUUGAUUGACCGGUGAAAGCACCCAAAAGGCCUUUAUUUAACUAUUUGGUUCGUUUUGGUUUUUUAACUUUUCAUAGGGCCUUGCCUUGGAAACUCUCUGCUUUCGUUUUCACCCGAUGAAAUAAUAAUAAUAAUAAUAAUAAUAAAAAUAAAAAGAUCUAUUAUUAUGUAUCUA